ACGCACGUUAUGUCAAAUAGGAGAGAUUUAUGAAAAUGUUUUAUUGUAAAAAGUUUCAUUUGUUUAAUUCUUCUAUUUGAAAAUGUAUUUAGACGUCUUGUUUUUGACCCAGAUCAAUUAACAUAGUAAACAGCAUCAUCUUAGUUAAUUUAUUAAUUUACUAGACCUACUGUUGACCAAUAAUAACUUGUGUUUGGGUUGACAAAUCACUUAUAUUAUUAGGCCAAAAAAACAUGAAUGAGAGCUAGAAAUAAUGUACGGAACAGAAUGAACAAGGAAUGAAGAGGACGAUAAACACAACUGUCUGGUCCACAAGGCUGAAUCUCAAAUGGCAUCCUAUUCCCUAUGUAGUGCAGAUAAAGAGAAUAUGGUGCCAUUUGUUUCACAUCGCAAUAGUCUCCUUCUUAUUGGUGGAUAGAGACUUGACACAUUAUAACACCUAGAGCCUUCUUAUUGGUGGAUAGAGACUUGAAACAUCCUGUCACCAGCUGUGGGCCACAGACAGAGAACAGAGAAGUACAGGAUUUAGACACAUUAGACCAACUACUGAGUCAGUUAGAAAGUUAAUCAUACAGUAGAUGUUACCAUUAGGAGUCAGUUAGAAAGGUAAUCAUACAGUAGAUAUUACCAUUAGGAGUCAGUUAGAAAGGUAAUCAUACAGUAAGUUAAUACAGUAAGUAAAAGUAACUUAGAAUCAUAGAUAUUACAAUAAGAUGUCAGACAGACUUAAUUAGUUGAUUUAUUGAUUGAUUGGUGUAAUCAUUGAUAUCCGGUACGGUUAGUUAAGAUGGCCGAGUACGUCAACAAACAGGUGAUUGAAUUCAACAAAGUUUCUGAAGAAAACCGGAACAGAUUAACGAGGAGCGUGAAGACUGAGACCCAUCUCUCAGAUGGAAGACUAAGAAUCUACAGGCUGGCUGCUGUGUGUUUUGGAGUGCUGUGUGUUCUACAAGUCACUCUCAACAUCUCCCUGAGACUGGAUUUCUUCCACUCCAACAGAGAGAGAGAGCAGUUAAACGGCUGUUACAACACCACUAUGAUGGAUCUGUGUACAGAGAGAGACCAGUGCCGGAUGAACAGAAACCAGCUAGAGAGGGAGAGAGACAAAGUGAAAAUGGACAAAAAACAGUUACUGGAGCGUUACACUGCCCUGGCUACAGAACGGGACAGGUUGAGAAACAGGGUCAGUCUUCUGACCAAUGAGAAGGUGGUGCUCUCUAGCUGUGGUACUGGAAGAGUGGUGGAAGGGAGUGGCAUGGCAGUCCAAACGAUGAGGACUGUGUUAAAGUGUCCUAAAGGAUGGAGGAUGUUGGGAUCCAGCUGUUACUUCUUGUCUACUGAGAGGAAAACCUGGGAGGAGAGCAAAAUGGAUUGUUUGGCGAGAGGAGCAGACCUGGUGAUCAUAAACAGCAGACAGGAACAGAAGUUGUUGUACCAGCUGGAUGGUGAUGCAGAUCUCCUGGUCUGGAUUGGUCUGACUGACUCCGUUAAUGAGGGGUCCUGGAAGUGGGUGGACGGCACACCACUGACCACAUCGUACUGGAAGACUGGUAAGCCGGACCAUGGUGGUACCAACAACAAGGAUUGUGUCGAGGUCAACCAUCGGGACAACGUUUUGGCCAACUGGAACGAUGCACCAUGCAACCACACGCUGCAUUGGAUCUGUGAAAAAUUACAGAAAUAGCUACAUAUAGGUCAAAUCCACAUCUUGUUUAGAUGUGUUUAUUUUAUUGUUGCACAUUAACAUUUUCCCUAGGAUUGUGUAAUUAACUGAGCACAUGCAUUUGCAUGGUACAUGGUAUUAUCUUUCUGUCUUUCAGCUGUAAUUCAUUUUUGGCAAUAUAUUAUUGGCAGACUUUUGGAUCAGUCACAAUACUGUAUUGUUUUCAGCUUUGUCCUUUUCCCUCUAAACAGUUUAUCCAUAUUACUUCUAUGAAAUGGUAUUGUACCAUCUAAUCCGCUGUGAGAUAUAUUUUCAUCUGAUUCAAUCUGGUGUCCAAAACCGAAAGUAAAAGACCAUAAGACAGAUCUACCGCUUCCUAGACCGCUUAUGUUGCUUAUGCCUGGAAUCGGCCCGACACACACAAACACAUGUACGCACGCAUUUAAACCUCAGUAAAGUUUCAGUUUUAUAGCAGCAUCUAUGCCAGGGUUGCCCAAUCAUUUUCCUGAAGAGCCUUCAAACUCAACUCUGGAUGUCGAAGCCAGUUCCACUGCAAGUUUUUUAUUGUUCCCUUAUAAUUAGGGACUGAUUUAGACCUGGCACACCAGGUGGGUGCAAUUAAUUAUCAGGUAGAAAAGAAAACCAGCAGACUCUGGAUCUCGUAAGGGUAAGAAUUGAAUACCCCUGCUGUGGAGCAGAGCUCUCCAACCCUAAUCCUGUAGAAGUACCGUCCUGUAGGUUCACACUCCAACCCUGUUCCCGGAGAGCUACUGUCCUGUAGGUUCUCACUUCA